UUUGCACACUUCCACUUAAAACUCUAUAAUCUGCUCUUCGCUGUUGUUUGCUUCUUCUUGCGCAAAUCACUUUCCUCCUCCAGCCUGCCAUGUCAACUCAUCAUGGUGAUACUUCUCGGAAGCCAUCGGGCUCAUCGACGCGCUCGUCUGGGCACUCUCCUUCAGCUUCGCCGAAUAACUCACAGAGGAACCUGACUCCCACAACAGCGAACAUGUUUGGCGUCGCAAUAGCCGGGGCCUCCGGACUCAAGGGUCUCAACUCAGGUUGGCAGGUAUGGGGAUCAACGACACCGGCCUCAAAGAAGAAUGCCUCGAUAUCCUCCGCUGCAAGUGUGACCGACCUCUCACCAUCCCAGGCUGAGAGCGGUUACCGAGGAAAUCUGGGAGAAAGCUGGAGUGCGCCAAGGCCGUCUAGCGGAACCUGGGAUGAGCUGAGUGGAAGCCCUCAAAAGAAGGAGUUCUCGCAGUUGGACACCAAUUCCCCCUUGUCCCUGCAUCAUGCUCGGCAAAGGCAAGCAACCGCAGCGCAAGCAGCCGCGUUGUCAGGCCCAAGAGUUGACGAUCGCUCCUCGGCAAAGGCCGGUCAGUUCUCUCCGCAGAGGUUCGACAAUACUCUCGGAAAGGAAACCGGAGUCUCCAACAGAUAUGCGGCUUCUUCAAAUGCAUCGGGCUAUGGAUCGUCUGCCUUCGGUGGUCAAAAUGGUGGCUUUGACUCCUUGCAGUCGAGGACGAUCAUGUCAACGGACAAUACCGCCACCAAUCCGCCUCUUCACCGUCCGGUGCUGUUGCUUCUCAUUCCCCUGGUGUCCUGCAGGUGCGACCACCCCCGCAAAUGGUUCAAGGACGACUCCCGUAUGGUAGUUACCCUCAGGCAGAUUAUUCGUCGUAUUAUACCAAUGGCACAACACGCGACCCCUACAUGGAUUAUGGAUAUGGAUACAGUACCCCGACGGACCCUUCACUCUACCCUUCAUCUGCUGGGAUGAAUAACACUCCUGCGGCAAACCUAUACCCUGGUGUAUCACCACAGCCGUU